ACAAAAUAAAGCAUUCAUUCACCAAAUGAGUUCCACGCUUCACUCAAAGAAUAUGAUAGCCACCACCGUCGCGGCGGAGCAAGGCGGCUUCUCCGAUCUGCACCCCGAUAUUAUCAAGUCACACAUCCUCAGCCGUCUGGACGGGCCAGCCCUGGGCUCCGCCGCCAGCUGCUCCCCCACCCUCCGCCGCCUCUCCGACGACGACGGCCUCUGGUCAACCAUCUGCCACCAGACGUGGCCGUCCACCGCCACGUCGCGGCUGCGCCACCUAAUCUCCUCAUUCCCCGGCGGCGGACCCCGGGGGUUCUUCUCCCACGCCUUCCCAAUCCCGAAUUUCAACCUCGCACGCGGCCAGUCGGCCCCGCCGCCGGAGCUGAUCUCCGCCGUGGACGUGCACUACAAAAAUGACCUAAUUUUCACGAAAAUUCAGGAGACGGAGACCGUGAGCGGGUGGUUCCGGUGCUCGCCGUUCAGAGUGGACCUCCUGGAGCCUAAGGACGCGGUGCCGACGGCGAUCAAGCAUCCGGAAGGGGACGAGGAGUGCCGGGAGAUGAUGGAGAGCAUGAAUCUGAGCUGGAUUCUGAUCGACCCCGAGGGGCGGCGGGCGGCGAACCUGUCGUCGCAAGUGCCGGUGGCGGUGCAGCGGCACUGGCUGACCGGGGAGGUGCAGGCGAGGUACGCGUCGAUCGUGGCGGUGGACGGGGCGCAGGUGCAGUGCGCGAUCGUGGUGACGUGCGGCGGGGCGGAGAGUGGGGAGAUGCAGGUGAGGGAGGUGAGCUUGGAGAUGGAGGACAUGGAUGGAACGCAUUUGAAUGGGAAGGACAGUUUGGUCUUUUUGCAGGGGGCGUUGGAGGGUAGGAAGGGGACCGGGAGGAAGAGGGUGGAGGAGGGGCAGACAAGGUACAUGGAGUUUGUGGAGAUGAAGAGAGAGAGAAGAGAGAGAAAGCAGAGGACAGAGGGGGCAUUAGAUGUUUUCUGCGUCGCUUUUGGGGUAUCCAUUUUCCUUGCUUUCUGCUGUUUUCUUUUUACCUGACCACACCUUUCCAAUUAGGAUUCACUCUAAUUAUAAUUACUGCAAACAUUGGGAGCUCAACUUCUCCAGAAUGUAUACUUUAAUCUGUAUAGAGAUUAUUUGAUUAAAAUAAUACCAGAUUUUUUGUUAUUCAAAUGAAA